GGAAGUCUUUUCAUGCAUCUGGUCUUCACAAAAGGCCGGAUUUAACCCAUUCAUUGGCGUUACGAGGUAAUCCUAUAGCAUCGCCUCGCUCUCUACACAAUGUCUACAACAACAAAAAAUUGAAUUGCACGUCUACAACAAAACUGGCCAGCUAGUUCUACGCCUGCAUUGUAGUUAACUUGGUCUUGUAUAGCAGUGCUUGCAAGGCGAAUGAGUUGCCGUGCACCGCCGAACGUGCAGGUUUUAAAGCCAUUCCUCAUCAUAAUCGUCGAGGAAGGUUUUCCCGCAUCUCUCAUACUUGAGAUAUCGUAGUGAGACUACAUGUAUUUUGAAGAAGACGAAGUAAUCUUGGUGGUCCUUUGCGUUCCUCUUUGGAAGUCGUCACCUUUGUUAUACCGAGAAGCAGUUUAGGAAAGAUGGUUGUUGUUGUUUAGGUGUAUAUAGGCGUUAGUGGACAAAGUCUGGAGAAACUCACAAUCUAAUUACACAUCGUAAGACAUACCACCUGGAUGAGAAAGGCAGAGAUGGAGACAAUCAAGGAUCAAUACAAGGAUGGACAGGCGAAGAUGCUAGGCAUAAUUCCUCCUCAAAUGCCUCUCGGAUACAUCGUGGAGACCUAUCCGGCUCACCGACCCUCGGGAUUUCCUGCUGUGUCAAGUCCUGUCCUGGAGAACAACACUUUCAUCCCGGGACAAACUCUACCGAGCUCUGGUGGAGUUAAGCGUCCGGCGCUAGCGGGAAUUUCACCCAUCGAUUUGACUACCUCGGCAACCAACUUGUCAGCUCACUCUCUGGAUGGUGAUGACGGGAGGUACCCCCGAGGUUCGUACCACCUCCAAUCCCCCGAUGGUAGACUCCAGGACAACGUCAUAAUGCAAUGUGAAGAAAUCCCAGACGACGAUGACACGAGUCAGUUUGAAGAGGGAGUGGAGGUCCUGUCAGAUGCUUCAUCUUUCGGAUCAGAAGGCGGAUCCGCGUUGGAGGGAUAUCGCGAGGAUGACGAAGAAACGGCGGAGCAGGACAGUACCGACAUGGCAUCGUUAGACGAGACGCUCUUCCCUCACACUUACAGCGAGGUUUACACCCAGAGAUCCGUGGCUUAUGUCAUCAGCGGCUAUGCAUACACCAAGAACCGCCAACAGCUUGACAAGACGUAUCUCAGGUGUCGCCAGAGAGGCUGUGGCGCCCGUGCCAUGAUCAUGGGCGACAUCAGACGAGCCACGGUCUUCAACAACUCUCACAACCACCCUCCUCCCUCGGAUAUUACACAGAAAGCCCGGAAGAGGAGGUACUCAAUGUCUCCGCCGAGUGACUCACCCAGCGAGGGUAUAGGAGGAGGACCUGAUAGUGUUUCUUCAGUUCAGAUGAUGCCUCCAUCAAGACCGCACCCAGGAGGUGGUGCUUGGAAAUCAAUGCCUCCUGGUUCUCAGAGUGAUGCUAUACCGAGAAUCGUAUAUGUCCGUUCUCUACAGUCAAGUAAAAUGGCAACAACAGCAAAGGCGAGGUUGCCAGAAUUUCUGGAGAUGAUGGAGAGGGAGUUGGACAGAGUGAUGGACUUCUGGUUGAAGAAUUCCCAUGACACCAUCAACGGUGGCUUUUAUGUGUGUCUUGGUCGAGAUGGUAAACGCUAUGAUGACCUCAAAUACUGCUGGCUGCAGGGAAGACAGGUAUGGAUGUACUGUAAGCUAUACAACAAUCUUCCCAAGUACCACACCCCAGAAAUACUCCAGGCAGCCAAGAAAGGGGGUCAGUUUUUGAUGAAUUACGUGAAGAAUCCAACGACGGGGAAAUGCUACUUCACCGUGACAAAGGAGGGCAAAGCAGUCAAGGUACAGAGGACGAUAUUCAGCGAAUGUUUCUACAUGCUGGCCAUGUCUGAACUGGCGAGGGCGACAAACGACGACGUAUAUAAGCAAGAGGCAAUCAAGAUGCUGGACCAGCUCCAGCACUGGGUCUGCGUGGACGACACGGCCUUAGGGCGCCCUCAACUGCUGGGCGCGCCACGCGUUAACUCACUUGCUAGAGGCAUGAUUUUCCUCAAUCUACUGGACGAGUUGACAGCCGGUGACCCGGCACUACAGGAGAAGUACGCCUCGCUUGAAAAGUGGAGCAUUGAACAGUCACUACAGCAUAUGCAGAGAGAAGGGACUGUGAUUUUAGAAACAGUCAGUACGGAGGGUAAAGAACUACCAGGCUCUGCUGGCAGAUUGAUGAACCCAGGUCACGCCAUCGAGACGGGCUGGUUCCUGCUCCAGUGUGGCACAAAGCACGAGCUGGCCGAGCUCAAGAAGCUGGCCGUGGACAACUUCAUCGCCAGGCCCUUCCAGACGGGGUGGGACCAGGAGCACGGUGGGCUGUACUCCUUCCUGGACGUAGACGGGCUGUCGCCGACCCAACUGGAGUGGAACAUGAAGCUGUGGUGGCCGCACUGCGAGGCGCUCAUCGCCACCCUGAUGGCCUACCGGGAGACCAAAGAAGAACGCUUCCUGGACAUGUUUGAGAAAGUCUUUGAUUAUACCUUUUCACGGUUUGUUGAUUUGGAGCAUGGAGAGUGGUUUGGCUACCUCAAUCAAGAAGGCAAAGUCACGCAAGACUUCAAAGGUGGCCCCUUCAAAGGAUGCUUCCACGUUCCCCGAUGCCUCUUGCUGUGCACACAAAUGCUGCAGAAAAUCCUUAAAGGAGAAUGACGUCAAACAUUGCAGUAUUAGGAAAAACGCUGUCAGUGGCUUCAAAACAGUGAUAUAUAUCGCUCAUGAUGGAUUGAAGAUGAUUGCACUGAAAUUCAACUCGGACUGUAAAUGAUUAUGUAGACUCUAAUCGAGGUGACUGAAAUGAAUGGUUUACACUGGGGCCGAUUCACUGAGCAUGCUAAGCAGGCAGAUUUUGCUUGGAAGCAAAACAGGGCACCAGCCAAUGCUUCGUUGGCAUGUUACAUUAGCGACUGGUCCUGAAACUAGUUUUGGAAAAGCAGUUUUGCCUGUCUAGCUGUGCCACAAAAUUAUGCACAGUAUGACAGAGAUGAGACACAACCGUUGUUUAGGUUAGGCAUGGCAGCCAAUUUUCUUGUUUAAUUCGAACCAGCCGGCAAACUCCAGCCAGCUCGGUGGUCGAGUGGUAAGACGUCUGCACUAGUAAGCAGGUCGUGGGUUCGAGUCCCACCCAAGUAGCUUGUGAAAUUUCUUCUCACAAGCACUAAGACAACACCAGGAAAAGAAUUUCAUGUCUGUUUUUUUUAACUUACACGACUAAUACAGUUUGAAUCUGUGAAUCAAUGAAUCUAUGAACACUUGAGUAUGCAGUGUUUAUAAAAUAUGUCAGUGACGGGCAAAACCCAAAAUUGAAUUUCUUAUUUGAGCAAACUUUGUGACCUGUGGCUCGUUUGAGCAAGCUUGGUGGCCUGGUGAAGAUAUAAAGAAAAUCAUGUUGUGAGGAAAUUCAUUGAAAAAAAAAUACCAGGAUCUUUGAAUCUGACAAGAUGACAUUAUACUCCAUACAUAUGUAAUACCAUUUACCUAUGAUUUUUAAUCAGGUGAUGUUUGCAAUAGAAUAUUUACUACUUUUAAACCAAACUCGAGUGGAACUUGCCAUUGUCAACAUUUCUUUCCAUUCAGCAUUCUGUUUACUUAUUUCUGUAGCCAUUGUUGACAAUUAUUUUACUGUUACACAGUACAUUUACUCUUCUGUCAGGUAUUUUUUACUAUAUUUUACGAGUGUUCCAUUGUGUGGACAUGAUGUCUUAGCUUUUGUAUAUUGUUUGUUCGAAAUAACUUCAUCCUUUUAUAAAGCAAAAUGUGGGUUUAUUCAGAGUGUUCAAAUGCUAACAAGUUCUCAGAAGUUUCACAAGUCAAUCUCAAGUCCUUCAGUCUCAAGUCAAGUCACAAGAUAUUAAGAUGAAUCCCUCCAAAUCCUUUCUAAUCCUUUCUAAUCCCUUGCUGUGCAGCAGAUAAGCCAUUCAAUACGCUCCAGUUGCAGCCCUAAAAUCACUUGGCCGGUGAGUCAAAGCAUCUUGCAAUUCACUUCUGCUGGAGUGCAUUGGCAAAAUGACAUGCACUAUAACUACAGGGUGAGUAAAAAAAA